CCCGCUCCCAUUGGUCGCUCCGCCCUAGUGGCGAGGCCGCCAUCUUGGAGAGGGCAUGGAGGAGACAGAGUGACUUUCUCAGCGGCGCUCGGCCUGGACUGCAGACAUGGACGAUCCCUUUGAUGGCACUGAGGUAACCGUGGAGUCUGAGGAAAUAGAAGAAAACUAUGUGCCUGUAAAACCACCUGUUAAAAAGAAGAAAUACAGAGGAUGUACUGAGCAGAGAGAUUCCAUGAAGAAACCCAGGUCAGCCUAUUUGCUUUACUACUAUGAUAUCUACCUCAAAGUCCAGCAAGAGGUACCUCAUCUUCCCCAGUCCGAAAUCAACAAGAAGAUCAGUGAGAGCUGGAAACUACUGAGUGUGGCAGAGAAGAGCUAUUACCUGGAGCGAGCCAAGUUGGAGAAGGAGGGUCUGGACCCUAACAUGAAAUGCAGCCCCUCCACCAUGAUUUCUGAUGUUCCCGGAUUUAGAAAGAUCCUUCCCCGUUCAGAGUACAUCCUGGUGCCUAAACCUCCUCCUGAAGAAGAUGUAAGCAUGACCCAUCUCAAGGAAAGUGCAAUCUUGGCCCCUUCAGCUGCUUUGUCCCAUAAUGGAGGGCAGAAUGUCUAUACUUUGGGGGCAGGACUUUCUGAACAGCUCGUCGAUCUCGAGGGACUCGCAGAUGAAGGCGCAAAUGCAGUGCGUGAAGUCUUGCCUGGUGGAGUCUAUUCCCAUUUUGCUGGGACUGAUAAAGUAGCAGGGGAGAUCAUCCUGGAUGAUGCUACUUUGGAGAUUGGAGAAACAAGCACUUAUCCAGCCACUAGCAUGAUCAUUGAGGAAGAUGGAGGCCUUGCUAUUUCAAGGUCAGACGUACCUAGAGGAAUGUCUGUUGUCACAGUUAUGGCCAUCCAGGACACAGAGGAGAACUCUACUCCAUCUACCCCCUCCCAGUUCAUUAUGUUGCCCAUGACCAAUCGCUCCAUUACCGAAACCUCUCGCUCUAUUAAACUGGCUACCACAUACACCAGAAGAGGGCGAGGCAGCUGCACAAACCCCACCUGCACUUUUAGUUAUGUAACUAGGCAUAAACCUCCUAUGUGUCCCCUGUGCAAUCAGUUCCUCGGAGGAAAGUGGAUUCCCAAGGGAAAACAAUCUAAAGAUAAGCCAAACACCAACAUUCGGACAACAGACACUACAGACAGUCAGGAUCAGUCCACUACUGUUAGAGAGUCCAAGGCGUCUGAGAAGGAAAAUUCGGAAGCGGUUAGUCAGCUCCUGCAAUCUGCCUUGCCUGACCAAAACGAGGACUGGGAGGAGGUGAUCAUUUCUGAUGCGCACUUUAAGCAUGGAAAACCUCAGGCAAAUGAAUCGGCACUGACCGAGAAGCGACAGAGGUCCAUAAAACCAGCCGAGAAUAAUGACACCAAAACUGACAAACCGCCUACAACUGGAAGCACCAAAGAUGUGCCACAAGCCUCUGUUUCCAAGACAAGUUCCUCCUCUGCUUCAGCUUCAAACAAAGCAUCAGAAGCCAAGUGUUUCUCGAAACCCCUUGCGAUUGCUAGGCCAACAAGAGCCAUACUCCCAGCUCCUACCAAUUCUAAUAGGAGCAUCACUGUGGAUUGCACUGGCAGCACCCUGGCCUUCUUAAAACCUGAGACCUACAACCCUAUCACAUCAGUUGGCCUAAAAGCCAGUACAUUGAAACAACUCGGUCAAGCAGUUUUGCAACAACCAAUGGCACAGGAGAUCACGGUAAGGGCUGACCUCCCAGCACUCUUGUCACAGCCAGAGCUUAAAGUUGUGACUGAUAGCUUCCCAUCUUACAAGUACAGUUGUCCAGUGGCACUGGACCUAGGCCUGGCAACAAGAGAGGGAGAGGGAAGUGUAAAAAUCCUUCUGCAACAUUCAUGAACCAACAGGCAUAAGCCAAAAUCGUCCAAACUGUGCAUCAAUCUCAAAGACACGUAGGAAAAAGGACCAAAACCUUUGGAAGCGGCCAUCACUAUUACCUCUAGUGUGAGUAUACGAGAGCCUCUUACACAAUCACAGAAGGAGAUCCAACGACACUCUACUCUCCAGCUAAUUCGUAAAACUGUACAAAUACCUGAGAAUGAGUGUGAACUAUCAGACACUUUCACCCUCAUCCAAGAACUUAAUAGUUCUCCUUUGGUUCUAUCUGAUGUCAGCGAUGGUACUGUGACCAUAGAACAAACCUCCUGGGCUAGUAUCUACGAGUCGCCAGCCGACCAGUGUCUACUCUGUGGCACCCAGCUAUAUAAAGGAGACAAACAUUCAGUGGCCUGUGCUCAGGAUUGCUGGCUUUUAACAGCUAAUCGCCUGCAGCUGGUGACUGCCCAGGUCAAGGUUUGUCUAAACGCCCAGUGUCUGGCGAUACAUGGCUUUAACGACAUGUAUACAGGACUUUUCAAUGUGGGGAACAAACUGCUUGUGAGCUUAGAUCUCCUUUUCUCUAUUCGCAACCAAAUUAAGGUGGGAGAAGACCCCAAAGUCUCUAUAAGCAACAUUGUGGAAUCAGUGCAGGGACAGACAGAGAAGAUGCUGAGCCCAGAGGAGCUACUUUCAGUCCAGGAUUUGCUGAGCUGUGGAUACUGGGCAUUUGAAUGUCUCACUGUCAGGGACUAUAAUGAUAUGAUCUGUGGAGUGUGCGGAGUAGCCCCAAAAGUGGAGAUUGCACAAAGGAAUGUGGAUAACACCUUAACACUGACAAACAUUGAGUUUACUUGGCCUGAGUUUCUUACCACCAAUGAGUUGGCAUGGAGGAUUUUCUGGUCCACACUGGAAACAGAGGUGCUGGAACAAGCUGCCUUUCCCUCGAGCAUCCCCAUCACCAAGUUUGAUGCCUCCAUCAUCUCUCUAUUUUUCCCACCUCUCAUGCGUGGCCCUGUAGUAGUGAACAGCGAGAGCUAUAAGAACCUGGAAAUACAGAAGGUUGCAGGUAAUGGCAGUGCUUUGGCCAGACUUCUCCAUGACGGCACCCUGAAACUGGAUGACCUAAACACGCUCGGCACUGAACAGCUGCAGAGAAUACUGACACUUUGUGGCAUUCCCUGGCAUGUUACAGACACAAAGGACAGCAUGUGUUACUCAAUCCUGGCCCUUUCAGAGUUUGUACAGAACGGGACACAGAUCAAGCAGCCUCCAUCUCAUUUAACUGGAGGGAAGAUUUACAAAAUUUGCCCACAUCAGGUGGUGUGCGGCUCAAAGUACAUUGUGCGUGGGGAGAGUCCUCGGGAUCAUGUUGACCUUUUGGCGUCUUCACGUCAUUGGCCCCCUGUGUACGUAGUGGACAUGGCCACGCAGGUGGCUCUGUGUGCCGAUCUCUGCUGCCGAAACCUGGCGAAGCAGAUGUGGGGAAAAAAUCAAGGAUGCUUCUCUGAUCCAUCAGAGUCUCCAAAGUAUGUUUCUUGUCCGGAGCUCCUCGACAGACAUUAUAACAUGGAUAUGAUGGGAAAUGAGCCCUCUAUUCAGCAUCCUGUGACCAAAUCAGCAUCCCGUAGAAUUGUCCAUGCUGUGGCGGAACAAAACGGAACCUGUGACCCCACUUGUCGUCACCACUCUCUGUUACUUUGUCGUGAGCUGGAGCCAUACAGCGCCAUCAUCACAGCCAUUGGAGACAGUAAGACAAGCAACAUCCGCCACCACUCCAUAAACUUUGAGAACGCCACACACUAUUACCUCUAUAACAGGUUGAUUGACUUUCUCACCAGUCGUGAAAUUGUGAACAGGCAGAUACAUGACAUUGUGCAGACUUGUCAGCCUGGGGAAGUGGUGAUCAGAGACACUCUGUACCGGCUUGGUGUGGCACAGAUCAAGACGGAGCUUGGGGAUGAGUUGGAGGAGGACAUUACAGUAGAGCAAACAAGCUCUGCUUGAACCUACCUAUCACUGGUAUCUUGCACUACAGGGAUUCCAAACAUUUCCUGAUGAACAAAUGGAGACAAUCAGCUCUCCCAAUGAGCAUGCCUCUGUUCCACUGCACGUUCAUUAAGGAACAUGUGAACCAAUGUCUUAAUGAGUUGGUUGCCAAAGUUAUGAUGUGAAAACUGCCUUUAUGGUGAGGAAUCAAGGCAAAAUGCACUUUUUUCUUGUGCUCUGUAUCAGACAGCAUUUUAGAAUUCUUUGUGUAUAUUGUUUUUGGAUUCUAGGAUGUGUCUGUCUAGUAUAGCCCAUGACAUAUGGUGCCUUCUAUGUCUGUAGUGGGACUAUACCGAGAUCUAGAACAGGCUGGGAUACAUUUACUUCAGCUCACUGCUUUUUUUUGUGAAUUUACCUUUGGUGUUCAGAAGUGGUACAUCCAUCCUCUUAGAAUCUACCCCUGGCCUUGUCUGUACACAAAGACUUCUAGUCACUCCAGUAGCAGUCAGACUACUGAACAUUUUUUACCACAUCCAGUGAAAUUGCACGUGACACAAUUGGAAUGUGCUGCUUUGGGUUGUUUCUGCUCAUUUAGCACAAAAGAUUAGUAAAAAAUUAUGGCCUUACAGUCAUUUUAUGUACAUAAGAGUGAGAGUAUUGCAUGAUUGUAUCAAGAUCAUUUAGAUUGUGCAGCAGUUACCACCUCUGUGUUUUAAAAUGUGUGUUUGGGUAAAAACAAAUGCGAAGUCAAUUAUGAAUAUAUGAUUGGUGUUGCAAACAAUAAUACAGGGAUACUGACAGGAUCUCGGAAUCGGAAAAUUGCACUGCCAGGUACAAGUUUACUUAGUACUUGUCUCUAUAAAUGUUUUUUUUUUUUUUUUAUUGCAUUGUUAUAUAAUAUGUAAUUUUCAUAAAAAGCAAUAGCCCACGAAGUCCGUCAUUAAAUAUCUCUUUUCCUAC